AUGGCUUCUCGUCAUUCGGUCACUCCGAACGGCAGUGGUUAUCAUGAAGUAAUCGACCUUGUCAGCAGUAACGAAGACGAGCCUCAAUCGAAACAAAAGAAGAAACCAAUCUAUAUCGAUUGCACCACCCCGUCGCCUCCACCGCGCCGACCGCGUAUGGGUCCUGGCAAUGCUCCUAAGACAGAAGCAAUACCAGCAGUACAUGCUACGGGCUCUUCGGCAGCAGCUCCCCCAAAAGCACCGCCGUCUAAAGUCCUUUCGGCGGCUUCUUCAGCAUCGGCUCCCCUUAAAGUACAGCCAUCUAAAGUUCCUUCGUCAGCUUCUUCAACAUUGGCUCCUUUCAGAGCACAGCCAUCUAAAUCCCCCUCGAUGGCUAAUGCACGCAUCAAAGCCCCGCCUUCGCUUUCGUCGAUCAAAACCGCGCCGCCCUUGGAGCAAAGAUUUCAAUCCUCUAGAACGGCUGCCGCGGCCCGAUCGCUCCAGUCUUCAAUCAAUGAUACGCCAGCAAGACGGAUAAAAUCCUCUCCUGGAACUGAGAACCGCCCAAGAGACAGUACCCCCAAAGCCGCACCAGAAACUCAAAGUAAUGACAGCCCCACUCCAAAUGCUCGAGUCAAGUUCGUGCGCCCACUUCGAAUCGAGUCGUCUGACGCCAGUGAUGAAGAUUCAGAUGUUGUAGGAGACAUCUUGCCAGCCGCUUCUGCUAUCUCAGCGGAUCCAUCGCAAAGGUCUCAUCCGUCAGCGUCUUCAAUCGGUCCACACUCCCCGUUGAUGACCCGUAUCCAGCGAAAAAGAAUGGCGGACGGGAGAAGCACCUCUCCGAGAGAAGCCAUAGCCCGACGAAGCGAGUCAAAAGCCACACCAGAAGAAGCAGGAUCAUCAGAUCACGAUUUGGAAGACACGCUCCGUACCUUUUGUCAGGCUAUGAAAGAUGAUCAUGCCUGUGCGAUUAGCUUAUCGGUACAGCAAUACUCCAAGGGUGGUAGUAAGGUAACCAAGAGUAAAAGCACACUGGUUGCGACCAAGGUUUGUGACAACACACCUCGGGUUCCAAAGUACACCUCUCAUACCAACGUCCGUCGGAACAUUCUUCGACCUGACGAUGAAACGCUCAAGUUUGUUCCGUUUAUUGAAGGGUUAGAAGGGCCAAAGGACAGAAGAUGGGAGGAGUUGGCCAAAGAGAUGCAUUCCGCUUAUACUGGUCAUCGAAAUGACGAAACCAGUCAAGAGAUCGAAGAGCAGUCUCGUAUUCGGUCUUAUAUCCCUCUAUGGCUUGACGAACUCCACCAAGGCUGUGAUUUGGAUGAUUUAAAGCAUUAUCUUCUUCUCCGGGAUGUAGACGUCGGCGAUCUCGGCCUAGACCCUCGGAACCAAAAAUUGCUCAUCAAGACGUUCAAGCCAUUUAACGAACCAACUAAGACAGCCGCUAAGCGCUUUUGUGAAGCGUUUGACAAUUGCGGAGCUUUCGAAGUCUCUCUUCAACACAUCGUUAUUCCAGCGGCACUACUCAACGAGAUGAUAGCGGCUGCGAAAAAGAAACCCAUCUCACCAGUCAACCGUAUUGAGACCUAUGCAAGUAUGACUUGCUUAAUAUGCGCUGCGAUUGAUUGUCCAACACAUGGGGACUUUAUGUAUGAACGCUUGAAUGACUCUGAUAUGGAUGAAGAUAUCCAUGAUCCCGAAACGAAGUACGAGCCUCUUCAUCUCGCCUUGAGCUAUGAAGACUCACUGCGAAAGCAUCAAAGCCGGGCCUCAGCCGCACAUUUGGCACCUACUGCCAGAGGCAAAGGCAACCGCUGUACUGAGGCCUGCUACCUAUCAUUUGACUUCUCCGAGCAGUCCUACCAGAUCUCAGAGGAAAACCUUGCAUACAUUCCUCAAAUGCUGCUUGUAUUCAAGGAUCCUGUGUAUAGAGCUUGUCUUAUUGCUUUUGCAUUGGAUAUCCCUUGCUGGACGGUCUAUGCCGAGAUUGAAAAGCUUGAAAGGGAAGGUCUGCCGGAUAGAAAGGAGGAGCCAAUCAGUGACCGUCCAAAGAAGCCAGCUUGGUACGACAACAAGCGAAAGUUCAUCCACGGCGAUUUGAAUGACCAGACGACCGCACACUUACACCAGAUGCGGACGCAAGCAGUCCCCUGUGGUCACGCUGGAGCUUGCAUCGAGCGGCCAGGCGAUGAAAGGCACUCCUGCCAUUGCGCUACUUCCAAUAUUCUGUGCGAGAGCUUUUGCGGUUGUCCCAAUGACUGUCCACGCCGAUUUACUGGCUGUCCCUGUAACUCUUUCGGAAUCUCCUGUACGACUGGCAGCUGCAUUUGUAUCCAGAUGAACCGCGAAUGUGGCCCUGAAUGUUGGUCAUGCGGAGCACUUGAGCGAAUCGACCCUAUCAACAAGUACAACGACGACCUAUUCAAGACCGGCUGUCAGAACGUUUGGCUGCAGCGCGGAGUAUCGAAGGCCACGGUAAUGGGCGAGAGUCAACUCGUUGGAUUCGGUCUGUAUCUGGCAGAGACAAUCAAGAAGGGCGACUUUAUAAGCGAAUACACUGGCGAAAACAUUUCCUCUGAAGAAGCAGACCGCCGCGGUAUUGUUUACGACCGGAAGCUUCUCUCCUUUCUAUUCGAUCUCAACCGCGACCGCGUCAUUGACGCCGCCCGGCUCGGCAACAAAACACGCUUCAUCAAUCACGCUUCCUCUGCCACCGACGGCCUGAAUUGCGAAGCCAAGAUCAUGCUAGUCAACGGCGAGCACCGCAUCAAGUUCUUCGCGCUACGCGAUAUCGACGCAGGCGAGGAACUACUCUUCAACUAUGGAGAGAAGUUUGCAGAGAAGCAGGGCUUGAACAAGACGCUGCCGAAAGCUAGAGCAGGAAGUAAGUGGGGUGUGCUGGAAGGCGAUGAGGCGCUGGAUGCGCUUGAUGGGAUGGACCAGCGGAAGAGGGGCACGCGGGAGAAGAUGUAUGCUAUCCGUGGUGGGAAGGCGGGUGGGAAGUCGGGACGCGGAGGCAAGAUGAGGAAGAGCGCAUUGAGUGUGAGGCUGGAUCUGGAAGCUGCUGUCGACGAAUCUGUUGAAGACGAUGAUUACAAUGUGGUGCUGGAUGAAGAUGCGAGUGAAGAAAUAGAGGAUGGAGAAGACGAAAUUAGGGGAAGAGGUAGGGGUAGAGGGAGGGGGAGGGGGAGGGGAAGAGGAAGACCUAAGAAGAGGAACGAGAUGCCUAUUUGGUGA